GUCCCCUCUGUCUCUGUACAGUACAGUACAAUGUGUUUCGCUCCCAGGACAGUAAGGAGGCUAUAAAAGAGCUUCUGCACCCACAGACAAAAGGAUCUCACCUUCAGACUCGACAUUACUUGCAUUUCCCCCACUAAAGAUUUUAAGCCUGAUCUGUGGGAGAAGUGGUGGUUCAAAGGAAUUAUUAUGUCUGUGGUCAAAGUCCUGUGCUGUUUGCUGUUAACGUAUCACCUCAAUGAGGCGAAGAAAAUCAAGGGAAACAGAGCAGGUGUAGUGGACAGAGAGCAGAGGGGCGCCCUGAAGGACCAUGUCAGCAAUUCAGUCUUCAGGCUGUUUUCAGAAGGUGAGGACAACUGCGCAUUGGACCCUCUGCAGCUGCACACUCUCACCUCCUGUGGCUUCAACAGCAGUAAUCCCCUCAUCAUCAUCACUCACGGGUGGUCGGUGGAUGGCAUGAUGGAGAGUUGGGUGGUCAGGUUAGCUACAACCCUAAAGACAAAUCUAAAAGACGUCAACGUGGUGAUUACUGAUUGGCUGUCCCUGGCUCACCAGCACUACCCCACAGCAGCACAGAGCACCCGCACUGUGGGAAAAGACAUAGCCCACCUGCUGCAGUCACUUCAGGUACACUACCAGUACCCAGUUAGAAAGGCUCAUUUGAUUGGCUACAGCCUUGGCGCUCACAUCUCUGGAUUUGCUGGAAGCUAUCUGGAUGGUUCUGAGAAGAUUGGAAGAAUUACUGGUCUUGACCCGGCGGGGCCACUGUUUGAAGGCAUGUCUCCCACAGACAGACUGUCUCCUGAUGAUGCUGAAUUUGUGGAUGCCAUCCACACCUUCACCCAUGAACGUAUGGGCCUCAGUGUGGGCAUCAAGCAAGCUGUAGCACAUUAUGACUUUUACCCCAAUGGAGGAGACUUCCAACCAGGAUGUGAUCUGCAUAACAUUUACGAGCACAUAGCCCAGUACGGGCUCCUCGGUUUCGAGCAGACAGUGAAAUGUGCUCAUGAGCGGUCUGUCCAUCUAUUCAUUGACUCUCUGCUGAAUAAAGACAAGCAGAGCAUGGCCUACAGGUGCAGCGACAAAGGUGCUUUUGACAAAGGAGUCUGUCUGGACUGUCGGAAGAAUCGCUGCAACACACUGGGCUACGAUAUCAAGAAGGUUCGCAGUGGCACCAGCAAGAGGCUCUACCUGAAAACACGGUCUCGGAUGCCGUACAAACUCUAUCAUUACCAGUUCAGGAUCCAGUUUGUCAACCAGAUGGAGAGGAUCGAGCCCUCUCUCACCAUCUCCCUCUCUGGAACAAAGGAGGAGAGUGGCGACCUCCCCAUCACCGUCCCUGAAACUAUUUCAGGUAAUAAAACCUUCACCUUCCUGAUCACCCUGGACAGAGACUUAGGGGAUCUGAUGUUGCUCAAAUUACACUGGGAGGGAUCGGCUCUGUGGAAGAACAUGUGGAACCGGGUGCAGACUAUCAUUCCCUGGGGCGGCCGGGAGCGAAAACCACUGCUGACUGUGGGCAAGAUCAGUGUCAAAGCAGGCGAGACGCAGGAAAGGACAUCUUUUUGUGCCAUGACAAAUGAUGGUCAACAAGUUGAAGUGUCGCAGGAUAAAGUGUUUGUGCGCUGUGAAGAAGACACACCAAAACAGCGGAGAAGAAAGCACAAUAGACUUGUAUAGGUUCCUUUAUCUGUUCAGGUUGAAGAUCUCUGAUGGAUGGCCUCCAAGUUCACAACUGGAUGAAAUUCUCUAAACUCCUCAAAGUAAGACCGUGCAGAUUCAGGGAGUAAAUUAGAAUCCAUUAAUUAUCUAAAAGAUGUCGCACUGAACAAAAUGUGGAGAAUUGAAUUCUGGGAAGCUGAGGCUAGAAAAACAACUAGCAACUGUUGUAAACUGUGUUUACAAUUUAAAAAAAAUAUGUUUAAGUUUGAUUUUGUGAUCAAAUUAUUAGUUUAAGUAUUACGUAUUAAGUAUUGCAUGUGAUCUUUAUACUAGACACUUUAUCUGACAAUUAUCACACAAUGUAGUUUUAAGAACCAGCCCAGAUUUACAUUUCUGUCUACAUACAAAUGUCUUUCGGGGUAUAGUUGAGUGUUUGCCAAUUCAAAUAUUAACCAGACAGUGAACACAAUGUCAGUGACCUUCUGAUGACGUUAAUUCCAAAGGAUGUUCCUUUUUUGGGUGUUCUCUAUAAAAUGAUCAAUCUCAUCAUUAAAAAAACCUGCUUUACUACUCCAAAUAACACGAUCUGUUAAUCAGACUCAAACCAGCAAUAAAUAUGCACUGUCCUUUUCUA